UAUUCACCUAGAUAGGACGAACAUUAAUUGACAAGUUAAUCAUUUGAUGACAACAAAAUGACAACAAUAGUGUAUAAGUAAUAAAAAUUAAGAAGAAUUGGAAAUUUUGAAGAAAUUUCAUUUUAAAUGAUCCCUCAACCCAUUUAGUUUGCUUUAAAAUCAAAUGAAACCAUAUUUUCCAUGAUUCUGAAUGUACGUGUUUUAGUAUUAGUACGUGAUCCACGUGGUACAAUGCAAUCACGAAAACAUCGUUUAUGGUGCCCCGGUAAUCCAGAUUGUGAUAGAGCAUCGAAUUUAUGUAUGGAUCUAGUCUCAGAUUAUUCUGCUGCGGAGCAUUUAUUAAAAAAAUAUCCGUCCCGAUUUAGAACAUUACGUUAUGAAGAUUUAUCACUUAAUCCAUAUGAAAUGACACAAGAAAUUCUACAAUUUUUUGGUUUACCAUUUGAUCCAAUGGUUGAAGAAUUUUUAGAUACACAUACAAAAUUAAAUAUUGGUGGUGUUAGUUCAACAUUUCGUGAUUCAAAAUCAGCACCAUUUCAUUGGAUUAAAGAUUUAAUGUGGAACGAGAUUGAAAGUAUUCAAGAUGCAUGCACAAAAGCAAUGGAAUUAUGGGGAUAUAGAAAAGCGAAAAGUGUUUCAGAAUUAACACCAUCAUUUGAUCCAUUAGUUUUACCAGCGCCUUUUACAUGAGAAAAUGUUUUACAAAAUUUAAUUAAAAUAAUUAAAAAAUUUUUUAUUUAGCAAAUAAUUUCUCUAUUUUUUUUUUUUUUUUGUAUUACUUAAGUAAUUGAUUAGGUAAAAAAAAAAGUCAUUAUUAAGAAAAUUAUAAAAAAAAAAAAAAUUUUUAAAAAACAAAAAAAAAAUCAAGAAAACAUUUAUUUUCUUUUUAAUUUAGGCAAAAACAAAAAUUAAUUAAAUUUCUUUUAAUAUGAAAAAAAUGAAAAAUUAUUUAAUGUAAUAUAUAGGAAAAACGUAUUAUUAUUAUAUAAGAAAAUUAAUGAAAGUUAUAAAAAACAAAAACUGGU